AUGGCAAACACAGAUACAAACUCAUUGAAGCUGCCCACGGCACUUGACCCGGGAGGCGGCGCACCGUCAGCUACUACGGGCACCGCCGCCUCCGCAACGGCGGGCAGCAACAGCAACAGCAGCAGAAAAUCGCCGCUCGAGAAUCUUGUCCACACCCACCGGCUUCGUGGCUCACCAUCAACAGCCGGCGGCGGCGGCGCACAUGAGCAAAACAAUGAUGGCGGCGAUGAUGAAGAAGACGAAGAAGACGAAGACGAGGAUAAUGUCAAACCUGACAAGUGGUGGAAGAUUCACCUUUUCCGCGGCAUGAUCAAUGAUAUACGCCGGCGCGCCCCGUACUACUGGAGCGAUUUUGCUGAUGCUUGGGAUUAUCGUGUUGUGCCGGCCACCGUGUAUAUGUAUUUUGCCAAUAUCAUGCCGGCAUUGGCCUUUUCAUUGGACAUGUUUACCAAGACAGAUAUGCAGUAUGGUGUCAACGAGGUUCUUCUUGCUUCCGUGCUAGGUGCUGUCGUCUUUUCCCUUCUGGCCUGUCAACCGCUCGUCAUUGUGGGUGUUACCGGUCCCAUUACAGUAUUCAACUAUACCGUCUACGACAUUAUGAACCCCACAGGUACAAACUACCUCGCCUUCAUGUGCUGGAUCGGCAUCUGGUCCCUCAUCUUCCACUGGAUCCUGGCCAUCACCAACUCGUGCAACUGGCUCAAGUACGUGACGCGGUUUCCCUGCGACAUUUUCGGCUUCUACGUCGCCUGCAUCUACCUGCAAAAGGGCAUCCAGGUGCUGGAGCGGUUUGGCAACGACAGCCCCUUUUACCUGUCCGUCGCCGUCGCCCUGCUAGUCUUCAUGAUCGCCUAUGCCUGCGGCGAGCUCGGCGGCGCCAGCCCCCUGUUCUGGCAUCCCGUUCGCGUCUUUCUCAAGGACUAUGGCACCCCGCUCACCGUCAUCUUCUUUACUGGUUUUGUCCAUUUUGGCCGCAUGAAUGAGAUUGAGCUUGAGAAGCUGCCUACCAGCAAGAGCUUCUUUCCCACCGCUGACCGUGGCUGGUUUAUCCAUUUCUGGGACAUACCCGUGAGCGAUGUCUUUUUGGCUAUCCCAUUUGCCAUCUUGCUCACCAUUCUCUUUUGGUUUGAUCACAAUGUUUCAUCCCUGAUUGCGCAGGGAACCGAGUUUCCCCUCCGUAAACCCGCCGGCUUCCACUGGGACCUCUUCCUCCUCGGUCUCACCACGGGCGUGGCCGGGUUACUGGGCCUCCCCUUUCCCAACGGCCUGAUCCCGCAAGCGCCCUUUCACACGGAGUCGCUCUGCGUCACCGUCGCCGUGACCGACACGGACGAGGCGGGCGAGGAAAAGGGCCACUACUCGUACAAGCCGACGCACGUGGUGGAGCAGCGCGUCUCGAACCUCGCCCAGGGCCUGCUGACGCUGGGCACCAUGAGCGGGCCCCUGCUCGUGGUGCUGCACCUGAUCCCGCAGGCCGUGCUCGCGGGCCUCUUCUUCAUCAUGGGCUACCAGGCCCUCGAGGGCAACGGCAUCACGGCCAAGAUCCUGUUCCUGUGCCGUGACAAGGCCCUCACCCCGCCCUCGCACCCGCUCCGCCGCAUCCGCCGCCGCGCCGCCGUCUGGUGGUUCGUCGCCCUCGAGCUCGUCGGCUUUGGCGCCACCUUUGCCAUAACCCAGACCGUGGCCGCCAUUGGCUUUCCCGUCUUUAUCCUGGCCUUGAUCCCCGUCCGCGCCCUCCUGCUGCCUCGGCUCUUUACCCCCGAGGAGCUCGGUUUGCUCGACGGGCCCACGGCCAGUCCGUUUACCCUCGAGAGUGUCGGCGGCUCGUACGGACACUCUGAGCAUCAGCAGCCGCAGGACGAGGGCGUCACGUCGUCGUCGUCGGACGGGACGGGACGGGCUCGAGCCGGCGAGGCUGUUUUCGGCAGUCGCAAGAGCGCCGAGGACAGGGCGGAGCGUGGGCGCGCUGGCCCAGAGACCAGUAGAGAGAAGAGUAAUGAUGUGGAAAUGGCCCGGGUCCCCACCAACACAAGCACUGUGAGUCGAAGAACUCAACCGGGUAGGAGUGGAGGAGAGUAA